GCCAGUCCGGUAACCGAAGCGGUCAGCAGCAGACCGCGAGGUCGCGCUUGAGGAAAACAUUAAAAUAAUAAAACCUGCUUGGUGAUUAAGAAACAAUAAUCUUGUUUUUAUCUGUGCAUUUAAAAAAGGAAUAGAGAUGUUCCUAAAAGCAGCGGCAGUAUGCCUGCUCCUUGCCUCCACAAUGGCCCAACAGAACGCAGGCGGCGGGGACCUCGAGUCCAUCCUGCACCAGAUCUUUGGGGAGCCCCCCAACGGAUCCACCGUGGGCCCCACUCCGGCGGUGACGACCCCCCCUUCGGUGGUGGGGGAUAGAAUCCCCCCGCAGCCGUCUACGCUUGUGCCGAUUACUACUGGUGACAAUGCCGACACAUCAUGCACCACAGACAAAGGGGAAGUGGGGGAGUGCGUCAAGUACUACCUUUGUGACGUCAACAACAACACCAUCAACACUGAUGGCUUUGGCAUCAUUGAUAUACGUGUCCGCGACGGCCCCUGCGAGUCUUACCUGGACACCUGCUGCCUGCUGCCCGACAAGCGUCCUCCAGAAGACCCCAUCACUCCCAAACCCCCACCGAAAGAGGAACAGAAAGAAGGCUGCGGCUGGCGCAAUACCAAAGGCGUGGGCUUCAUGACCACCGGGGACACCGACGGCGAGGCCAAGUUCGGCGAGUUCCCAUGGAUGGUGGCCAUCUUGAAAAUCGAGCCAGUCAACAACAAUGAGCCGGGCGGCCAACAGCUCAACGUUUAUGUCGGAGGAGGCUCCCUCAUCCACAUGAGGGUAGUUCUCACCACAGCCCACUACGUGGCCAAAGCUAACAAGCUCAGGGUCCGAGCGGGAGAGUGGGACACACAGACCACGAAGGAAAUAUACCCGUAUCAGGACAGAGAUGUGGAUUCCAUCGAGAUCCACAAGGACUUUAAUGCAGGCAACUUAUUCUACGACAUCGCUCUCCUCUUCCUAAACAAGCCCAUGGACCCGGCGCCCAACAUCGGCGUGGCUUGUCUCCCGCCUCCCAAACGACUGCAGACCGCUGGGACUAGGUGCUUCGCUUCGGGCUGGGGGAAAGACAAGUUCGGGAAGGCUGGGCGGUACCAGGUUAUUCUGAAGAAGGUGGAACUCCCAGUAGUAAAACACAGCACAUGCCAAGGUCUCCUUCGGAAGACGCGUCUGGGCCGUUUGUUCGAACUGCACAGAAGCUUCAUGUGCGCUGGUGGUGAAGCUGGCAUUGAUACGUGCAAGGGAGAUGGAGGGUCACCGCUCGUCUGUCCUAUGGAGUUCGAGACCGACCGCUACGUGCAAGCCGGCAUGGUAGCUUGGGGCAUCGGCUGCGGCGAGAACGGCACCCCCGGCGUUUAUGUUGAUGUGUCUGUCCUGCGAGACUGGAUCGACGACAAGAUGGCCGGCAAGGGAUACGGCGAUGAGAUGACUUACGCUAGAUAUUAAGUUCCAAAGAUAGAUUUGUGGUGUAUUAAGGUCUUUGUUACAGUUUUAUUUUUCCACACCACAACCACACCAACGCGUGUAGAUUGCCAUCGGCGCCGGCGCGAUCAUAAGCCAAUGACAGGUCGUGGGGACUGUCAUGGGUCGCGCGACCUGUCAUUGGCCUAUGAUCGCGCCGGCAAUGGCGAUCUGCCCCCCUAGACAAAACGCACUUUUUGAUCGAAUCGAAAAUCGAAUCCGUCAAAACUCCAUACAAAAAAGGGGCUUUUCGACCACUUUUCGACUGGUUUGCGAUUAUAAUUUGCACUUUGUCUAGACCCACUGUACGCGUUGGUGUGGUUGAAGCUUUACGCUAGAUACCUACUAAGAAAGCUUCAAAGACAAAGUUUUGUGGUCUUACCGUUCACAGUUCUCGAGUAUCAUCAGCCAAACAGGAUUUGAUGAAAAAAUGAUUUAAAUUUAGAUUUAUAGACAUGAAUGUUCUUAGUUUUAUAAUUCACACUCAAUGUAAAUAAUACUUAUAGAAUUUUUAUACAUUAUAAUUGUAAUAUUGUUACAUAAUAAUAUCAAGUGACUCAAAAACGACUGUAUUUUUUAUAAUUUUGUACUUACAUUGCCUUAAUAAAGACCGUUUUUAAAAUAA